GAAUCCUAUGGGUGACGUCACGGACCCUACGUCCAUUUAUAUAUACAGUCUAUGCUCGCGAGUUGCAAACAAAGCUGACAACAGCUUCUAGUCAACGCUCUUAACAUGUCUUCUGACGGCUUGAUUCUGCAGUAUCAGGGACUUCUGCUUCCUAGAGAAACUCACUCCUUAGAGAGCCUGGAGUUUGCACAGGAAUUCAAGUUUAGGGACGAUGACAUCAUGGCUGCCGUUUAUCCGAAAUCAGGUACAAUCUGGAUGCAGGAAAUCCUCCCACUGCUGCUUAAUGGAGGUGAUCUGACCCCAAUCCACACCAUCCCUAACUGGGAUAGGGUCCCCUGGCUGGAGGAGAAAAGAUUAGCACUGAUUGCGGAUACGUUGACUGCUCCACGGGCAAUGGUCACACAUUUCCCUUUCCGACUCAUGCCCCCAUCCUUCCACGCCUCCAAAGCCAAGGUGAUCUAUGUCAUGCGGAACCCUAAGGACAUCCUAGUUUCUUCAUACUACUUCCAUCAGAUGGCCGAAUUCCUUGAUGAUCCAGGGACCUUUGAUGAAUUCAUCGAAAAAUUCCUUGAUGGCAAUGUGAUGUUUGGAAAAUGGACCGACCAUGUGAAAGGCUGGAGAAGUGCCGAGCUGGGAGACAGGAUACUGUUCAUCACAUAUGAAGAAAUGUGUCAGGACCUCCCAGCAGCUCUCAGGCAGAUGUCAGAUUUCCUGGGCCGUAACCUGAGUGAAGUCACUAUUCAGAAGAUAGCACAACAUUGCACCUUCAAGACGAUGAAGACAAACCGCAUGUCCAACUUCAGCCUGGUCCCCAAGCAGUACAUGAACGCUGAGAAAUCUCCGUUCCUCAGGAAAGGUGUUCCGGGUGACUGGAAAAACCAUUUCAGCUCAGAGCAACUGGCCAGAUUCACUUCACCUAUUCGCAAAGAGCUGCAGAGUGAGAGCUUCACUCUGCCCUACAACCUGGAUUAACCAUCAACUGGGGCAAAGAAGAAGAUAUAACAUCCAGGCAAAUAAAAAACAUAGCAGUAAACUACUGAGAAUUAACAAAUAAUUAUUGUUUUUUACACAUCAAUCGAAUUAUGCUGUUAGUCGGCUUUAUUCCUACACAUUUAUAUCCUUUCAUUGAUGUUAAAAUGUUUUUAACUGGAUUAUUGUUGCAUUUAGCAAUUUAGCUACUUUCAGUAAUGAAACAUAAUUAGUAUAAUUGGUGUAGGGUUUCAAUUUUAAAUGAACUAUUAUUUAAUUAUUACUUGAUUGAUAUGCAUCCCUUCUUGUAUUACUUUGUGCAUGCUUGCUUUAGCCUUAGUAAAGUAAAAGAACAUUUGAACCUACUUUGUAAACUUCUUUUUUCCUAUGAGUGUCCCCUUUAGGAAAUAUAUGACUAAAGACUGUCUUGGUGUUCUUACACCGGGACAUUUGGUUCUAUUCUUCGUACAUGGGUAUCCAAGUUAUCGCUUUGUCCUAAAAAAGUCACUCAGACAUAGAUAGAAUUAGCACCAUCAAUACAUUCCAUUCAAAUUUAAGUGAAUCUCUAAACCUGGGGAAAGAAUCACGAGUGGUUAAUCUGUCACAAAUCGUUAUCACAGGUUAGCAGUAUACUCAACACCAGGACUUUUUACACCAGCACAGGCAUUUAGUCUUCUCUCAUUUGCAGGCAUAACACUUUUGCAAGUCCAGUGAACAGCACCUGACUCGUAAAUUGUCAAAGAGCUGGGGUUAAGGAGUAGUACAUUACUAAAAAAUGAGAAAGAAAUGUCUGGCCUUAUCCCAGUUAGACAAAUGAAAACACACAGCUCAUUAUAAAAAUUCAUGAAUGUAUGAAUGUUCAGUUUUGUUUGUCUAACCUUUAGUGAAGGAAUAAAAUGACUUCAGGCAAACAUGAA